AUGCCAAUUGUCGAGGUCCACGGGCCAGGCUACCCACGCCCACCCUACAAUGGUGGCUGGAGCACUUUUGACAUGAGGAAGGGUCACUUCAACACCUGGCCGUGGCCAGGCCCUCUGAGCAGUGUGGUUCUCCUCUGGGAGGAUAUCCUGCUGUGGCCUGGCAUCAUGGCACUGGCCUCCCAGAGUCAGGAAGAUGGGGCCAACCAUGGAAGGCUUCCUGGAAGAGGAGACCCAGAGCAGAGACCCAGUGACUGCCUCCUCAAGAAGCCUCCAUGGGCUGAACGGAUUGGUGCUAAAUGUGUCCACACUGGAAAUCCAGCCAGCAAAGCCGGAAGUGACAAUUUAUCCAACUUCUUCGACGUGAUUGAAGGUACCCUGAUGAGGAACAGCCGCUUCCCGGAGGGGGCAGGCCUGGAGAGCAGGGCUGUGGCACAGACGUGCGUGCGGCAGGUGCCUGUGAAGCUUCGACCUGGGAGCCCCCCUGGGCCUCACAAGACCAUGGCCUUGCUAAUGGCUCCAUCCGCUCUGGGGUCCUGUGGGACCUCCACCCACAGCAACCUACUGCUGUCCCUCCUCGUCCUUGGGUGGGUGCAACUUUGGAGGGCCCAGGCUGCAGAGACAGGACCGGAGCAGGAGGCUGAGUCCCUUGACCAAGCCGUGGCCAACGUGUCUGACUUUGCCAGAUCUGCCUCUUGGGAAGUGCACGUCCCGGUCCUCCCCAGCCUCUCCCCAGGCCUCCUCCUUGGCUUCACGUGUGUGAUGGUGUCAGGCCUGAGUGCAGAGCGUGUCCAAGAGCUGGCCGUUGCCCUGGGGAAGAAGAAUGUCACGCUCCAUGCAGAUCAGCUGCGCUGUCUGGCACGCCGCCUCUCUGAGCACCGAGUCCCUGAGGACCUGGACACCUUCCCGCUGGACAUGCUGCUGUUCCUUGACCCGGCUGCAUUCCCAGGGCCCCAGGCCUGUGCCCAUUUCUUCUCCCGCGUCAGUAAGGCCAAUGUGGACGUGCUGCCACAGAGGGCUCCGGAGCGGCAGCGGCUGCUGCCCGCAGCUCUGACCUGCCUGGGUGUGCGGGGGUCUCGGGUGAGCAAGGCUGAUGUGCAGGCUCUGGGAGGCCUGGCUUGUGACCUGCCUGGGCACUUCGUGGCCCACUCGGCGGAAGCCCUCCUACCCCGGCUGGCGGGCUGCUCUGGACCCCUGGACUGGGAUCAGCAGAAGGCAGCCAGGGUGGCUCUGCAGGGCGGAGGACCCCCGUAUGGUCCCCCAUCAAGGUGGUCAGUCUCCACCCUGGAAGCUCUGCAGGGUCUGCUGCCUCUGUUGGACCAGACUGUCAUCCACAGCAUCCCAAAGGGUGUCAUGACCGCCUGGUUGCAACGCACCUACCGGGAUCCAUACUGGCAGUGGCCUGAGCAGAGGACUGUCGUCUUCCCGAGGCUCCGGCGAGACACAAAGAAGGGUGCCUGCCCCCCAGGGCGGGAGGUCCGCCUGGUGGAUGUGGAUUUGGUCUUGUACGAGGAGUGGGAGAUGGAGGCCUGUGUGCACGGGGCCCUGCUGGCCACCCAGAUGGACCGCGUAAACAUGAUGCCCUUCACCUACCAGCAGCUUGACCUUUUUAAGCGCAAAUUGGAUGAGAUCUACCCCCAAGGCUACCCCGAGUCCCUGAUCCAGCGCCUGAGCUACUUCUUUCUCAGGAUGAGACCCGAGGACAUCUACAAAUGGAAUGUGACAUCCCUGGAGAUGGUGAAAGACCUGAUCAGAGUCAGCAAGGGGAGAAAAAUGGACGUGCAGGUGGCUGCCCUGAUUGCCCGCUAUGUGGCAGGAAGGGGCCAGCUGGACAAGGACACGCUGGACGCCCUGGCCACCUUCCGCCCCAUGUACCUGUGUUUCCUCAGCCCCACGCAGCUGGACUUAGUGAAACCCAGUAUCCUUUGGGCGGUCGGGCCCCAGGAUCUGGACGCAUGCAGCCCACGGCAGCUGGACCUCCUCUACCCCAAGGCCCACUUCGCCUUCCAGAACGUGAGCGGGCAGGAGUACUUUAUGAAGGUCAAGUACUUUCUGGGUGGGGCCCCCACGGAGGACCUGCAGGCUCUCAGUGAGCAGAACGUGAACAUGGAUAUAGCCACGUUCAAGACGCUGCGGACAGACGCCGUGGUGCGGCUGACCGUGGCCGAAGUGCAGAAUCUUCUGGGACCACACCUGGCGGGCUUGAAGGCAGAGGAGGAGAACAGCCCGGUGCGGGACUGGGUCUCCCGGCAGCCGCAGGAGGCCCUGGACAGCCUGGGGCUGGGGCUCCGCGGCGGCGUGCCCAACGGCUACUUCGUCCUGGACCUCGACUCCCGAGAGGCCCUCUCCAGAGGGUCCUGCCGCCUCGGGCCCGGACCUGCGCUCUUCGCCAUCCCAGCUCUGCUCCCGGCUUGGACCCUGAGCUGA